UUGUCGCACCACCAAAAUACACGUAGUGCCGGGUCGUCUAAAAAUAACAGCUCAUAUACAACACAGUUACAGUAGACAACCAUUGAAACCACAACCGUAAAGAGAGAAGUGGACAGACAGCAGACAUGGAAACGCGAACGCGUACACAAUAUUAUCGACGGAGGUCAACAAGAGUAAAGUGUAUCGUGGCAGUAGUUAUCCUGAUCGUGCUAGUUGUCAUAGUUGUCACGGUAGUGGCUGUGACCGUGACAAACGCAAACAGGCGUGCGGAAAGCACAGCUACCCAAGCCCCCCAGCCUGGGGUAACCACACGAAAAGCCCUGUCCACUGAGCCAACCCCGACGACAUUUGUUGCUCCAUCCAAGACUGAGAAUGUAACGCUGUCGUUUCCAGUCUUCACUCGUGACAGGUUGGAGGUUGUACUCAACGUGUCGUUCCAGUACCACAUCAGCCCAGAGAAUUUCCAACAGCUCUACGCUAUCUACGGAUCGGGCUAUGGGUGGGCGCUGGAGUCGAGCGCCGUUGACGAGUUGAAGGGCGUAGGGCCGGAGUUCAGCGUCCGUGAGUACGCCGCUGAUGAUCAGGACAUUAAACGUGCGCUGUAUGAUGGUCUCAGAAGACGACUUGAGGGGACGUGUUGUAAGCCGUCCUGCGAGACGCUGCCGGAAGGUUGUCUUGAGGACUGUGUACUUCCAACUCAAUGUACAGAUCAGCAACGAGGUCUGUAUGUCGAUGCAGUCAUUCUGUGGUCAUAUGCCGCGGAGAUUCCUGGAUUUGUUCUUGACCGCUUGCGUGAAAUCACAGCGUACGAAGUAUCGUCCCGACCGCUCUAUACCAACAACGCUUUUCAGUGAGACUCACCUGCCACAGCAUUAUACGAGGAAUAACCCUCGCCGUUGACUUUUCCCUCAAGAUAUUUACACCUUGUUUGUUGAAGAACAACUAAUUAGCUGUCUAGUGAUACCAUAACUAUUGCUACAUAGGUUUUUGCUCCAAAGAUAUGCCACGAUACAGAUGACAGUUUAGCCUACUGCCAAACUUUUGAGAAAAGUUUUGAAAAUACGGUGGUACAUAGUACAUCGCCGUUGGCGCUCAGGCUGAAUGAAACACGUUAUAAUUAUUA